AUGGCAAAAUCAUAUUUGAAGAGUGAAUUUCACAUGUUAAUGGAGAAAGUGGAGGCAGUUGAUGCUAGAGUGAAGAAUUACUUGGAAUUGGCUGGUUACGAUAAGUGGGCUAGAUCGUAUGCAUCCGUUCAUAGAGGAUGGACUUUGACUUCAAACAUUACCGAGUCCAUUAAUGCUACGCUGGUUUCAGCUAGAGAACUACCAAUAUAUGAUUUUCUGGGGAAAGUUAGAUUGAUGUUUGGAAGAUGGAACUGUGAAAACAGACAGCAGACGUUGUAUACUUUUACGGAUCUUAUUGGUAAAUUUCAAGAAAUUCUUCAACAGAAUGAAACGGAGUGUACACUUCUUGAUAACAAGAAUUUCAAGAAGGGGCCAUAUUGCUCUGAUCUAUACAAGCCAAAAACCGUCCUAAGAACAUAUGAUCUUUCAAUUUAUCCACUACCACACAAAGAUGACUGGGUGAUUCUGAAGGAAAUUAUGGAUGAGAUUGUUCUGCCGCCGAAAUACAAGCGAUCCCCUGGAAGACCUCUGAAGAAGGACCGUGGAAAAUCCGAACGAGAUUUGUUUGGAAAGAAGAGCAAAAAUUAUUGUAGUUCAUGUGGUUUAAAAGGUCACAAUAGGCGUUCAAGUAGGAAAUACAACAAAUGA